AGGAUGCGUCCAGAUUCAUUGACAGCCCCAAAAAGAAGCAAAAGACCCCCUUGAAAGCAGGGAAUACCAAUAAAUGGAAAAACUUCUUAUUCUUCGUCGCCUCCAUCCCUCCCGGCCUCGAAUUAAGUGUCAGUGGUUUUAUAUUUUUCAGCAGAAUGUCUACUAUCAGCAACUCAACAAAUAUAUUUUGGCAAGAAUGUCCUGUUGGGAAAGCUGAAAGGCAGAAACUACUCAACCAAAAGGGAUGUGUUGUAUGGAUUACAGGUCUCAGCGGAUCAGGGAAAAGUACACUGGCGUGCUCACUAAGUAGAGAACUGCACUCGAGGGGAAAGCUGUCAUAUAUCCUUGAUGGUGAUAACCUUCGACAUGGUAUCAACAAGGAUCUUGGUUUCAAACCAGAAGACCGGACUGAAAAUAUUCGCAGAGUUGGUUUUAUUGUAGGGGAGAUCGCAAAACUGUUUGCGGAUGCAGGAUUGAUCUGUAUUGCUAGUCUGAUAUCUCCUUAUAGGAAAGAUCGAGAUGCUUGCCGUGCAAUGCUACCAGAUGCAAAUUUUAUUGAGGUUUUCAUGAACAUGCCCUUAGAGUUAUGUGAGUCAAGGGAUGCAAAAGGCCUUUACAAGCUUGCACGUGCGGGAAAGAUUAGAGGUUUUACCGGAAUCGAUGAUCCAUAUGAACAACCACUGAACUGUGAGAUAGAAAUCCAGCAAAAUAAUGGAGUUUGCCUCCUGCCUGCAGCCCUGGCAGGCCAGGUACUGACAUACUUGGAGGAGAAAGGCUUUCUUCAAGUUGAGUGAUUCACCGUUCUUCAACGGCCUUUGAUCUCUGUUAAAAGCAAUUCUUUUGAAUAUAGGGUAUCCUUCAAAACAUAAUUGGUUGGAUUGACCCUGCUUCAGGACCACCUGACUUCUUUCAGUGGGCUAGUAGGGGUACUAAUUGCUAGGAGUGAGUACGCAUUGUCGUUAAUGUCUUUUCUUUACAAUGAUCCAUAGGGUCAGAGAUUCCAAGUUCCACAGUUUAGAAUUACACAUUAUUUUCUUUAGAAGGUAACUCUUGUGGUUUAUGAUGAAACAGCAGCAAAGGUCUGAUGGAGAAUUUUCCUAUGAUCUGUUUAUCAGCAACUUUUGUACCUACAUUUGAAAUUAAUUUAAUAUACUGUUCCUUUACCAAGUA